CUCCAUACAUUUCCCCGGCCGGUUUCAUGGCAUCGUAGCUGCCCUCCCCUCUCCUGUCUUCCGUCCGGCAACUUGGCUACCGCCACCGCAGCAUCACCACAGCUCCUGAAUCCUGACGAUGAUGGCCUGACAAGGAGAGGCAGCAGGCGAAGCAAGCAGAUCGUCGUCGUGGUUUCUCUCCGCGCUGACAUCGAAGCAAAGUCACAAGGAGAUCGAGAGGAAGGUAGAGGCCUAGAGAGAGAUGAGUUUGGAGGGAGCUGCAGGUGUGCCGCAGGCGAUGAGCCUGUGGAGGACGCCGACCCCGUACAUCUUGCUGGUCAUCGGGUCCAUGAUGUUCCUCAUCGCGCUUGUGCUGCUCGUGCUCAUCUGCGCGCGAAACAGUCGUCGCUCCUCGCGGCGGCGCGGGUCGUCGGACGACGACGACGAGGAGGCGCCCAGCUCCGCGCGGAUGCCGGUGCUCAAGCCGCUCGACAGGGAGCCCAAGGUCGCCGUCAUCAUGGCCGGCGAACGCGCGCCGUCAUUCCUCGCCAGCGCCAAGCCGCUCCCGCUCGCCUGGGGCGCUGACGAGGCUGGCGGCGGCGGCGGCGCAGGCGCCGUACCGUACGUGUAGCCGGCCGGGCGCUGGACGACGCGAGCGAAUCUGGUGGUGACGUGGAGCACUUAAGUCACCUUGUCGGGAGAUACUGUUUCUUUUUUUUUUCCUCAUUUCAUCGGAGUUUCCGCGGUGUGUGUGCCCGUCGAACGCACCUGUUUCACUGUUAAUUUGUAGUAUCGGCAAC